CCCAGACACAAAUUUAGGAAAAAUUUGAGCAAGAAAAUACUUCAGCAGAAAAUGGAAAAAACAGCCUCAGCCAAGAUGAAAAUGAAAGCUCACCACAGCUGCCUCACAUGAAUCAACAGUUCUAACAAGCACCCAAUCAGGGAAAGUGAAUUAUUUCUUCAGUUCUAAUACCAAGUCGUUUUUUUUUUUUUAAUAUAAAACAUUUGCCAGUCAUAUGCUACCAUGAGUGUGUACACAUACUCGUUCCACAAAAAAUCAUUACAUCAUUUAUAUGGGGCAGUGAUAAUAUCAAUUAGCAAUGGCAGUCAUCCACUAAAGACCUUUAAAGUCCUUAACUUUAUGUAAUAUUAGAGAUAUGAAAAUCCACCUGAACAAAAAUUUAGAAGAAGAACGCCAGAUAUUAUUGCAGCAACAAAAAAUAUGUCGAAAUCGAGCACGUAAAUAUUUUGUGGAGUCAAACCGGAGGAAAAAAGCUUUUGAAGAGAAACGGAAAGAGCAAGAAGAAAGAGAGCACCAAAUCAGAGAACAAAUACUUCAACAAAGAAAGCAAAAGUUUGAAGAAGUUACUGAAAAAUUCCAGCGUGCUCAUAUUCCUCUUUCACAGCGGAGAAGAGCAGUUUUUCAAAAACCAGUUCCUCCUUUAGAAGAGGCCCUCAAACAAAUCCAGGAAUCCACCUUAAAAUCAGAAGUAAACCUUCCCUCUUCCCACAGACCAACAAUAAAUUGUAGAGUUAUAAAUAAUGCCUUGCCUUCAUCAUUGUUAAAAUGUGACUACAAGCAUCAGAAACAUCACUCAUUCAAAAUCAAUUGUGAUAAAGAAAUGAAGGAAAACAGCAGGACAGACUUGUCCAUGAACAAAGAUGUAUUCCAGCUUAAACUAGAGGAAACUCAGAAACUCCUAGAAGAUCAACAUCUGAGCAGUUUGCAAAAAUUUUGUGAUGAAGUUAAUCAGAUAACAAAUUCUGAAACCCUCUCAAGUAUAGACAGUCUUGAGGCUGGGGAACAUGAAAAAAUAUAUUUAACAAUUAAUAAGGAGCCUUCUCCAUCAAUCCAGCAGAAUUCCUUCCAAUCAGCAAAUCUGCAAUCAACUAAUCUAAGCUGCUUUGAUGAAGAUAAACUGUCAUUCUCUAAAACUCAACGUAUAAAUAAUUGGCUUGUCAAAUUAGACGAUCCAAAGACUCAGACUUUCACACCUUUCUCAGAUGUUUUAAGUAAACCUUCAUGUGAACGUUUUAAUACUAAACAGCAAAAUUCAUCUGCCCUGAGUAGUACUAUCCAAGGAGCCACAAAUACCACUAAUAAUUCAGGAGCCUCUGUAGAUAAUCCACCCAUAUUUGUACAAGAUAAAAAUAUGGAAAAGAUCUCUGAAACUAGCACAGUGAGGACAACUGACUUCACUUCCGGAGCACUCAAAAGGGAAAGACCAUUAGUUACUGAAAGCCCAAUCUUUAAAUGCAGCAAAGCCUGGACCACUCCAGAUUCUCUACCCCAGGAAAUGACUUCAUUUUCAGACCAAGAGAAAUAUCCUGAAUUAACUCGAGAAGAUGGAACUACUUCAGCUCCUACUUCAUUUGUACCCGCAGCAACACUUUUAGCUUUGCCAUCUAGUACACAAUCAGCUAGGCCUUUACCAAAGAACAGUAGAUGUAUAAAAGAAAUGAACCCAGUGCAGUGUUCUGAUAAAUUAAGGGAAUUGAAAGAUGUUAAAGAUGAAAAUAUAAAAUAUCUUAACUGUAAUAAACAAGAGUUUUUUUUAUUUUCAGACAAUUUUGAAGCCACUUGUAUACCUCACAACUCUGAGUCAAAAGAUAAAAAACAAAAAAUAUUGGAAACAUCAACAUCAUUAUCUAAUUGUGACUUAUUUGGUGAGCACAAGAAAUUGGAAUACAACAUUCAUGCGAGAGAUGAUGUGAGGUUUCUUAAAAGUAUUUUAAAGAAAGACUCUAAAUAUGAACAUGAUUGUUUUAAGGCACUACUUAUAAACCAAGGCUUUAAGUUAGGAAAUCAGAAAGCAGCAACUAUCAGAGAUAGUAUUGAAUUAACAAAAGAAAAAGGGAAAUUUGAAGAAAUCCCAAAGACUAUUAAAAAACUGAGGUGGUUUGAUGAAACUGGAGAUAUAGGAAAAAAUGCUGAAGAAAAUCAUUCGCUGAAAAAUAGAAUAGGAAUAUCACAACAGUGGUCUCAACCAUUCCACAUUCAAAGUGAAAGUGAUGUUGCCAGCAACAUGAUUUCAGUUCCUGCUUGUGCUGUAACUUCUGCUGAUAGGAAAAAGCCCACAGAUGAUUCUGUCUCUGAAAAUGUCACUACUUUAGGAGAAUCUGGAACAGACCUUGUGCCUUGGAACAGUUUUAUACCUUCAGGUUAUAAUAUUGCUAAACAAGCCUGGUCAGCUUCACAAAAGGAGGAAAGUCAAGCCCCUAGUGGUGACUCUAAAACUGAGAAAACUCUACAAAACUGUGGAGCAAAAGUAAUUAGAAGAACAAGAUCUGCUAAGGUCCAACCAGGCUUUAUAUACACAAACAGAAAAGGCACUGUUAUUCAACCACAGUCUGCAAACAAAGCCAACACAUUUUUACAUGCUCAGGGUAAGAUAAUUGUACCUCAUCCUCCUCCUAAAUCUCCUUCAAAUAUUAGGAGUGCUAAAAAGAUACAGGUGCCUCAGUGUCAAUCAGUAAAGCCUGAAAAUUCUCUGAAUUUUAUUACACCUGACUGUUUUAAUUCAAAACAUGUGCAUCCAACAGAACCUGAACUGAAUCAGUGGAAUCAAGAAAUUGAUCUUCCAUUCUCAGAUGUCUGUUCUGACUUAGUCAAUGUGAUGCCAUCUCUACCAUAUCAUUCUUCUGAGUGCCAAACUUUAGCAAAAAUAAAUCAUCCAAGUAGCACUCAAAUGGUUGCCCAUCAAGAUAGGACAUUAUGUUGUACCCAAAGGUGUCCUGAUCAUGACAAAAGCCAUCACUCUGUGGCUCUUAGAUCUAAAGAACCCAUUACCUUGUGGAAAAGACGGCAUAAUGCUUUAGGUCAAAAUGAAAAGACUGCCGAUUCUACUGUUACAAGAAGAAAACGAAUUGUUGAAAAUAAGCAGAGAAGUCUGUUAGAGCAGAAAAGACAAAAUCCUGGAUCUGUAGGACAGAAGUACAGUGAACAAAUGAAUAAUUUUGGACAAAGUGUCUGGCUAAGUUCAAGUGAGCCAAAACAAAUUACAAGGAGUAUUUCUAAUACUGAAGAAGUUUCAGAUAGUACUUCUGAGUUUUUGAUGGCUGAAAACCUAGUAAAAGCUUCAGUGCCUGAAGAUGAAAUUCUGACUGUCAUAAAUAGCAAGCAGCUACAGAAACCAGAUAUGGCUUUGAAUAAGACUCAGCAGUUCACCAUCUGUGCACUAUCAGAUGAAGAACAAAAGAUUCUACAGUCCCUUAAUCGUCUCAAUGAAAGUUUAUACUAUGUACAAGAAACCAUUUGCAAAAAUCCUUCCAUCAAAAAUGCCUUACAAAUAAUACCACUUCUGGUUUUCAUUUGGGCACUGAAUUCUAGGGGAGAGGAAGAGAGAGAAAGGGAGAGAGGAGGAAGUUAGCUAGAGCAGCCAACAAAGGACCAGUCUAUCUCCUGAU